AUGUCUGAAGAAAUUGAAAACAAUACUAUCAUCUUUCUUUGGAGAAACAACAAAAAUAUUUCUUCGAUUGUUUUUGACCAUGUAACUUAUACUGCAACUAUUAUUACUUUGGUCGACAAAUCUGUCAGGGUUUUAAAUUUGAAUACUUCAGAUAACAAUUCUCUAGAUAGUAUUAGCGAUAAUAAUAAUCAGCAUAAUGGAACGGGCAGCAACGUUAAUAAUAUUUCAGAAGUCUCCGAGCAUAACAAUAAUAAUGAGCCUCUUGCUGCUAAUUCUCUACCAACUGACGUACCUUCUCCAGUAGCCGCCGCUACUACCGAUCCUAAUGAUAAUAACGAAUAUAGUGAGAAUAAUGAUAAGCAUAACGAGCCUCUUGCUGUUAAUUCUCUACCAACUGAUAUACCUUCAGCUGCUGUCGCUUCUCCAGUAGCCGCUGCUACUACCGAUUAUAAUGAUAAUAACGAGUAUAGUGAGAAUAAUGAUAAGCAUAACGAGCCUCUUGCUGUUAAUUCUCUACCAACUGAUGUACCUUCAGCUGCUGACACUUCUCCAGUGGCUGCCACUCCUACUAUACCUAUUGCCACGACAAAAGUUGGUCUUGGAACAAGAAAAAAUGUGAAGAAACGUAAAGCAUCAAAUAAUAAAUAUAGAUCUUUAAAACGAAAAUGUAAAUCGAUUAUUAAUGAAACUUCGGUUCCUGAAAGCACAAUUGAAAACAAUGUUUCAAGUUCACAAUCAAAUAACGAAUCAAUCGGAAAUGUAAGCUUACCAUUAGAAUUUCCAAAUAACGAAACAAUCAAAAAU